CAAAAUCUUUGUCAAGUUUAUGUCAAUUUUGUUUGUCAGUCUACUGUAAUAUUAUUUCGAAAAUAAUUUUAUUUUUAUAGUAUUCUCAUCGUAUUAUUAUCGUAACUUUUAUCAAAUAAUUUGUAAUGCCCUGGGGCUGGGAGUGUAGGGCAAAGUUAGUGAAGCAAUUGCCAGCUAAACCCACCAAGCGGCGAGGGCCCGCCUCUGGAGACGCAGCGGCGCCCGGCCCGCAACAAUAUGAGGUGCCCGAGCUAUAUUGUGGAAAAGGGCACGGGAACAUCAAGCGCGCGCCAGCAUAUUCGUUCGGACUGGCAAUACCGGCCAUCGUAAUCAAGCCCGCCGCCCGUCCUAACGCACCAGUUUUCAACGUACGAGGGUAUACAAAAAAAGGUACGUCAAGAAUCCCCGGUGGAGUUGUGGGUUCUCAACUCGAGCCUAUAGGCGACCGCACACGCAAGCCGGGACCGGGUGCGUACACACCCGGCAACGUGCGCUACAAGCGUGCGCCGGCGUACACGUGCCAGCCGCCGCCGCGGCCCCCGUACGAGCCCUGGGACAUGUGGACGUGCCCGCCUAAUAUGUACUGGCCUUAUGUACCGAUAAAAAAACCCCCAGCGUAUUCCCUUGGCUAUGCAGCAAGAAACCUUACUGCUGGUUCCAUGCCCGGGCCUGGGGCACACAAUCCCAACUUCACUUACUCUCAAAAGAAUCAACCAGCCUAUUCUUUCGGCCACCCGUUCCGGCCUGUGCCACCGCCCGAUUGCCCUCCGCCCAACAACUACUGCGAGAAAAAGUUCAUGGUGCAAAAGAGAACGGCUCCGGCACCUUCAUUUGGCAUUCGCCAUACUCCGUACUUGGGAGAGCUCCCGGCACAACUCAAACCCUCCAAACUGGAUCUCGUUCUCAACACUGGAACUUAGGAUCGGUAAACAUACCAACGAUC